UCGAAAACCAAAGGUCACCACUUGUAGUAAUCCUGUCCACAUGGAGAGACGAAUUCGGAGAUACAAUGGCAGGCAAGCGGAUGGAAUUGACAAGAUGAGCAGUUAUUCAGGAAAAAGUAGUACGAAAUCUAAACAGGAAUUUGAUUCGUUUGAAAAGGGAGAUCAAUCCAGUUAUGAAGAUCAGUAUGGGUCAGAAGCGGUGGAUGUCCCUCCAGAGACCCCUGCACUCGGCAGUCCAUUUCGGGGAAUGGAAAAAGAAGAACUCUUACGUCACUCGUCAAAACCAUUUUGGUGGCGCCUGCGCGUAAUGUGUAUCUCAGUAGUCUUAUUGGGAUGGCUAGCCCUUCUCAUCACUGUGGUGGCGCUCGUGUUGAUCUACCCUCGUUGUCGGGAUCAGGAAACACGAAGUUGGUGGCAGAAUGAAACAGUGUACAGAGUAUAUGUCCGGAGUUUUAGUGACAGUAACGGAGACGGCAUAGGAGACCUUAAAGGUAUCGAAGCCCACCUGAACCACAUCCGGGACCUGGGUACCCACACUAUAUCUCUGAGCCCAGUCUACCUGUCAGAUGACGUUGACUCUGACUUCAACGUCAUCGAUCACAUGGCCAUAGAUCCGAACUACGGGAAUAUGAGCGACUUCGAAUCCUUACUAAAAGCCGUACAUGACCGAGGAAUGCAUCUGUUGAUGGACUUUAUUCCAAACCACACCAGUGACCGCCACCAGUGGUUCAUAAACAGCAGUGUGACGUCAGACAGAUCAAACAACUUCCGGAACUUCUACGUUUGGACUGACACAACGACAAACUGGAGAAGUGUGUACAACAAUGAUAGCUGGACGACUACUGGUUCGAGAAGCCAAAACUACCUACACCAGUUCCUUCCAAGCCAGCCUGAUUUAAACUUACGCAGCUCUCAAGUGCAGGAAAAACUCGAGGAAAUCUUGAGAUUCUGGCUCUCCAAAGGAGUUGACGGGUUCUAUAUAAGAAACAGUGCCUUCAUGUUUGAAGAUUACGAUCUCCGGAAUGAAGCGAAAAGCAGCAUAACCAACAUCUCGGACCCAACUGAAUAUUCUUACUACGACCAUACGAUGACUUACGGAUUACCAGAAGUUUACGACAUGCUUUCACGAUGGCGCACUCUAGUGGAGGAAUACAGCAACACUACUGAAAGAAUGCUUAUGGCGGAUGUCAAAGGAAGCGUGGACAAAAUGAUGAGUUAUUACGGUCACUAUGACAGAGACGGGGUCAACAUUGCCUUAAACGAGGUCUUCCUCCCGGAACAUGGUGUUUGUGGCGCCCCUUGCGUCCGGAAGUACAUAACAGAUUGGCUAUCACAACUGCCCGAUCACCAUUGGGCAAAUUGGGUGAUUGGCACCGACGAUGCUGCUCGACUUGGAUCUAGGUUUAACGAGAGCUACAUCCGGGCGUUUCUGAUGACUGCCAUGCUUGUUCCGGGAACACCGAUUAUUUACUACGGGGAUGAGAUACUUAUGACAGACAUAGAUGUUGACUCGGAGCCAUGGGCACGCGAACAGAGCAUGCGUGGGCUUAUGCAAUGGGAGAACGCAACAGAUGGCGGAUUCUGUUCUUCCCGGACAUGCUCGGAACUACCUUGGAUACCGUCUGAUAGUAAAUACAGGACCAACAAUGUUCAGGAUAAGAGUAAAUCGGCCAAUUCCAUAAUUAAUUACUUCAAAAACCUUACGUCUUUACGACAAGAGAAGACAUUUUUAACUGGUGAAUUCACUACAGCCAUAACAGACGAUAGUAUAUUUUCCUUCGUUCGAGAGUUUGAUGGUAUCACGGGGUACCUGAUCGCUAUCAAUUUCAGUGAAGAUGAACAGACACGUGAUUUCUACACGAGCCAUGGAAGUAUUGAGAAAGCAGCAACGGUUGAGCUAACUACCGGAAGUGACGUCAAUUACAGCAUAGAGGACGAUAUUGACACGAGAUCAAUAACUCUUGGCAGUUUUCAAGGAGUGGUCGUUUCGUGGGACUACGUAGCGAAGGAACUGUAA